AUGUCUAGUCCAUAUAGUAGUAGGAGUAGUACUCAUCUGAUCAUAAUCAUCAUCGUCACCCAAAGCUCCUUCAAUAAACGCUUGUGCAGCGCAUUACCGCUUCAAAUGGCCGAUCCACAUGCCAGCAGCAGCGACAGCGACAGUGAUUUUGGGGAUUUCGAAGGUGUUGACGACACAAGCACAGUUCCCAUUGUUUCGCUGGAGGACCAGCUGAACUUGAUUUUUGGACCACCUCAAACGAUCCCAAACAGCGACGAAGAACACAGUUUGGAGGAAUUGAUCGUCGAAGAACGCCCCAAGGUGAUAUACGAGCAACUGAUAGCACUGGAACCGCAUGUUAGACCGUUCCAAUGGCGUCAUUCCAAUUUAAGAUCGAAAUUGUUGCAUACCCUUCGCAUAGACGACAUUCCAGAAACCCCCAAAGUAGUAAGAACAUUAGAUUCAUCUCUUUACGAGAGCCUGGCCGUGCUUUUGGAAGAGCCGCAGGCCGGAAAUGACGAUUCAAUAGCAGAACUACUUGGUGCCAAACUCAAGGUCUCCGUCCCAGAUGACAUUCCAGAGCACGCUUCACUUACAGUGGCAGAACUGCGAAGCAUAGACCUAGAGUCUUUGAACGCUGCUUCCCUUUAUAACACCCACAACCAACUGAUAGAUGCAAUUCUCACGGUUUGUCGAGAUAUACGCGAAAACGAAAUUGUUAGGGAACGACUGAUUGAAGAAAAAGGCACGUUUGAAGAUUUACUCACCAAUCUCAUCGGACACACCCAGCGACUACAUCGCGAUGAAAUUGCUGAAUUCAAUAGGAAAAAAAAAAAAGGUUUCAAGUAUGGUAAGAAAUUCAAAUGGGUGCGCUAG